AUGGAGGCGAUCGACUGGCUCACAACCAUUGGAUCUGCGUAUGUUGAGAUCCUGCACAACAAGUUUCAAGAGAAAUGUACAGCUCACAGCCAAGUGCACCAGUCGUUCAAGGUGUCCAAGAGCACAUUUCGAGACCUGAUCUCCAUCAUCGAUGGUUUGAAUCAGUGGUUUGAGGCUCUACAAGACCAGGACGAGACGUCCGUGGACUUCCGCAGCUUUGAAAGACAACAGGCAAGGAGGGAGAGCAUGGACAGUGAUGAAGAGGGCGACAGCGUACAGAUGGACUUCGAUUGCUUCGAUCAAGUCAUUCGAGAUGUUCACUUGGUCCCUUUAUUCUUCGGAAACAAUCAAAAAAGCCAGCCAGAUCUAAAAGAAAUAGUGCAAACACGAUGGGCAAGAAGACGACAAGAAGACUUUAUGAGCUUGGCCGACUUCUGCGAUGCAGUUGCAGACCUUGAGCUGCCACCGAAAGGGAGCGAAGAGACCGAUGGUUGUAGCCUUUCUUCCGGUCAACCUAGGACCUCCUACCCUAUCGUCAGGCUGAACGGAAAGAUCAUCCCCAAGGCAAACGCAGAAGAAAAGAUCGAUUCGCAGAAUCGGCAAAGUUGGGUAUACGUUGUGAAGGGGCCUCUCAAGGUCACGCACCUCGAAGUUGGCCUCAGACGGCGGUUGCGAGACUUGGUGGCCAAGGGCGGGGACAAGGUCCUUGUGGAGAUUAUAACAGACAACCAUGUCGAAUCAGAGUCAAACAUCUGCGACACCACCACCUUGCAGCAUGACAACAACCACAGGUGCAGCUGGCCGGAGCUGAAGUUAAGGCCCUUCGAUGUGAAGGAGCAACUUCAAGUUGUCUUCACGAGGUUGAACAGCGUCGUGCCCCAUGACGAUGGCGAGGGGAAGGAGAGCGAAGCAAGGCCCGUCGAAGUCGCUGAGGUUUGCCCACAACCGUAG